CGUUCUCAUCCUUCCACUCUCACAGAAUACGAUAAAUAGUUGCGUAGGCUUUUUCGCAUUCUCGCUCCACAAAGCAAACAGUGACCAGCAACCAGUGCCCCCCUCUCACCCCACCCACCGAAAACUCGAAAUACAACACUACCCCUUGCACCGAUCCGUUGUGUAUUACUACUACUACUACUACUAGCAGGAAUCCAAACCAUGUUCGCUGUAUCCCUUCCWKCCGAGGCCAACGGCAAUGGUAAGCAAAACAACAAGGUAUCCAUUAUCGAUAUGAUGAACGCGAAGUACUCCAUGAGCAAUGCUCCGGGCAAGUCAUCUUCGUCUUCCACCGGCACCGCGCGAAGCCGAAGCAGCAGCAUCUCCUCCACGGUAACCCUGGACGAGCGGGACGCGGCACGGGCAAUGCUCGGGAUUUCCCCCUGUUCCGUGGCGGACAGCAGCAUCAUGGGCGGCAGGGGAGCCUCGGACGGACUCGGGAAAYCGCGGCAACCGARGGCGGGCCGGAGCCCAGGCAGCGCGGKAGYGGGUCAUUCUUCUCGUCGGAAGCACCUCCAACAGGCAACGGGAGCCGAAUCCGGUGCGGGAGGCCUGGGAUCCUUCCUUGCUCCAGCAACAACGGCUUCCGCUUGUUUURAUCCCUCCCGCACCGGGAACGACGCCGCUCCGUCGAUGGUUGGUGGAAGGCGUCCGCGAUCGAACUCGGCCGGACUCGAUGCGCUGGCCUUUUUGGCAACMCAGGAGCAAGAGGCUUCUACUGUUACCACGGCAACGAGGAUACCAUCGAACAARGAGGUCACGGUACCCUAUUCCGAGGUAUCCCUCGUCCCCAAACCGGCAGUGACUUCUUCGGACGACGAUGACUCGGAGAUCAUGCCGCCUCCUCCUCCCCGAACCACAACGGGGAGCCUCCGGAGACGCCGAAGCGUCUCGAACCCGGAAGGAAUGGGGGACAAGUGGGGGCUUCCGCCCGGCCUGGCACCGCGAAAAUCGUCGACGACCACCGUGAGGAGACUGCGGCUGGUGCUUCCSCUGUCCAUUCUCGAGGAAGAAAUGACCGAGGCGGAUGCGGCGGUCCUCGCGAAGCAAAAGUCGACGGCCUCGGCGUCCGCCCUGGCGGCGUCUCUCCUGCGCAGCGAUGCGGCGAACCAUCACCGCGUGAUGAAUCUCCACAGAGAGCAGCUCCCGAAACUGGUGGAGGAAGAAGAAGCGGAGGACGGCGGAAACAGCGAAGAGGACGAGGAGAACCUCGACCACGGCGAAUUGCUUCGCCGCGCGAGAUCKCGUCUAUUGGAAGACYUGAGUCAAUCCAACCUCAGCGGGGCAAAGGGGGGCUUGACGCUUCCCCAUUCGCUUAGGAAAUACAAAGAGGUACGUGCCCGGAGCAUUGUGUGAUGGGGUGGGGUGGMGCUGAGCUGAGCUGAGCUUGGCACACGGGGAGGUUGGUACARUACUUGGCACAAACCCAUGUUCUCACCGAUGCCUUGUUUCAAACUGCUUGGCCUUUUGGUGCUAGGUGUACAACAAGAACGGCCGCAUCGGAAUCUAUACACCGGCAGAACGAGCGGCGAUCAUUGCCAGAUAUCAGAGCAAAAAGACCCGCCGGGUGUGGAACAAAAAGAUCCGAUACAACUGCCGCAAGAAUCUUGCCGAUAGGCGAUUGCGAGUCAAGGGACGCUUUGUCAAGAGAUCCGUAACGGAAACACCAAAACCUCCAUCCGCCGAAGACGCCAACGCGGUCCAAACCAGGAACGCGCCGGCCGCCAAUGCCGCYCCUUCUCUGGUGRCGUCCUCCAUCCCAGAAGAAUCCGAGAUCGUUGCCGACUCGGAAAUGCCGGACGUCAGCGAYCCCGAUGCAGGAUUCUGUCCGACCGACGCACAGCCCUAUCGCCGGCUCCGCCGCCACACCAUCACUUGAGGUGAGAAUCUGCCAGAAGCAACGGGAUGCAAGACACAAUG